AUGGACAUGGAGAAGAAGGAAAAAGAACAAGCAGAGGUUGUACCAAUGCUAGAGUGGUACUUUUGGUUGGCCAAGUGGCGGAUACAACUUUUUGGGAGGCAAUGGAACUUCUUCGAUGUGGCCUCUGUGAUUGUGGUUUCGGUUUUGCAUUGCCUGGCUCUUUUAGCACCAUUUUAUUUCAAUUGGGGUGCAGUUUGGGUGGCCAUGGCACUCAAUUCCAUCUCAGGUGUUGGAAUAACCUUAUCUUACCAUAGAAAUCUUGCUCACAAAAGCUUUAAGCUCCCCAAAUGGCUCGAGUACUUCUUUGCCUAUUGCGCGGUUUUGGGACUUCAGGGCAGUCCACUCGAAUGGGUGAGCACACACAGAAAUCACCAUCAAUUUACUGACACGUGGAGCGACCCUCAUAGCCCCAUUGCUAGGGGGUUAUGGUUUAGUCAUAUUGGAUGGGUCUUUGAUUAUCGUUCUCGUUUUGGAAGUUAUGAAGGCCGACUAAAUAAUGUUGGAGAUUUGAAAAAGCAACCCUAUUACAUAUUUCUUCAUUACACAUACCCCUUUCACUCAGUGGCUCUUGGAGUUUUACUGUAUGUCGUAGGAGGGCUACCGUUUUUAGUUUGGGGAAUGGGUGUAAGAAUGGUCUAUAUGUUCCACGUUACUUUCUCAAUAAAUUCGAUUUGUCACACAUGGGGAACGCAAGUAUGGGACACUGGUGAUUCAUCCAGAAACAAUUGGUUGUUUGGUUUGCUAGCACAUGGAGAAGGUUGGCAUAACAAUCACCAUGCAUUUGACUACUCAGCUCGACAAGGUCUUGAAUGGUGGCAAAUUGAUACGACUUGGUAUUUGAUACGAUUUCUUCAAGCUCUUGGUUUGGCCACAGAGGUCAAACUUCCAACUGAGGCUCAGAAGAAACGAAAAGCUUUGUACAACAAAGUCAUCAAGAACAAGGAGAAGCUUGGAACCGUAGGCAACAAUGGAAAACUCCAAGCAGUGAAAUAAUGGAGACUCAACUUUUAUGCUAUCUACAUUUU